AAUAAAAUCCAUACGUGCAUACAUGCAGCAUUACUUUUAAAGUCAUUGCAGAGAUUUCUUAACAAUUCAUAACUAACAUCUCUACCUAAGAGUUUUUCUGCUGGAAUUGUUUACUAAAAUAAGACAGCACAGAAACUUACUACUAAAUACAUCCAGCGAUGCUAGCCCCCCAAAGACAAAAUCAUGAUUAUUAUAUUCUUGUCACUGGAAUGAUUCUCCAACAUUUCUUUGGGUGUUCUAACGCUCAGUUUCCGACUGACCCACAACCCCUUUCACUCCAUGUUUUGGAUAAUGAGUUUGGGGGAAACGCAGCCAACAUGCCCUGUCGCCUUUAUAAAUUCUUCAACGAGUCAUUUCAACUCAUUUCUUCACAAAACACGAAUGAGGAUGGGCGUGUGCUGGAAUUCCUGCCCGUGGCAUUUUUUGAACCCGGGGUUUAUCGGAUGUGGUGUGACGUGAAGGAUUAUUACACCGGAAGAAAUUUAACCACAUUUUUUCCUGCUCUGCAAAUAACUUUUGACCUCGAAGAUCCCCGCAAGGAUUAUCACAUUGCACUUCUCCUUAGUCCUUAUGGGUUUGUUACCUACAGGGGAAUCUAAUUUACGAAUUAUUAUUUAUGUAAAUAACAACCACGUCUCAGAAGCUAUGCAUUCUUCUUCAAAAUAAGUAAUUUAGCUAUCAAAUUUCAUGGUUUUCAUUGUUUCAAGUUUUUGCAUGGAUUGAGUGGAAAUGAAAGUGGUUGGUAUCUUGAUUUUAUCAGAAAAUUGAAUUUUGUUGACUGAGAAAGAUUGUACUUUAUAAAAUUAAAAAUUAAUUAAAAAUUUAGCAAAUACAUUUUCAUUAAAGCAAAAAGAAUUGAUUAAUUUUUUAUAUGUACGUAAUGUAUAAAUAUUGUCAUGUGGUCGACAGUUUCGAAUUUACCAUCCUGCAGACAUUUGCCUCCAGAAAAGAGGACGAUAAAGUGGACUGGGUUUAAGGUCACGUAACCAAGAAUCCAGCUUCAAAUAAGAUACUAGUUUACAAACCGAAAGUACAGUGUGCCUAGAUUUAGAGCGUAUCAUAUUUAAUUUAAAAUUUGUUUCGAGUAUAAAAAUGCGGAACCCAUAAAUACAUAAAUGCCUACAUAAGUAAAUAAUGAUGCAAAGUACUACAAUCCAAAGUAUUUAAAUUCGUCAAGACCUACAAAUUAAUCUGUGCAAUUGUUCGUUUAAAAACAUUGGAAUGUAAAUAUUGUCAUGUUUUUCUGGGGAGGUGAUUAAAUUGACGGCUAAAUUUGUGAUAAGCCACAUUGAUUAUAG